AUGAAAGUGAUACUAGUAACUAAUGAUACUAACCUUGAGAAUGUAGAAAAUGGUGCAUCCACCAAUAUUAUUGAAACCAUAGAGUCUUUACCAGAAGAAGGAAGCAAGUCUAAAGGCAAGCCCAGACGUGUGAAGCGACAAAUUCCAUCAGCUUCAACAGCAAUUCUCAUGGGCUGCAUUAAUCUUGGCCUUUUUCAAACACUCUUCCUAGUCUUUCUCGCUAAACCAAUUUUAGGGAUCUUCCUUUCUUUGGCUAUGCAAGGUGUUUUUCGUGGUUUCAAAGAUACAAGAACCCCUUUAUAUGCUACUGUUGCCGGAGAUUUGACAAACAUAGUUUUGGACCCAAUUUUUAUUUUUGUUCUCCGUUGGGGUGUUAGCGGUGCUGCUGUUGCUCAUGUCCUUUCUCAGAUUUUGGUUACUAGCAAGGGUGAUACCGCAGUUACAUUUUGUACAACAUUGUCUGCAUCAUUGGCCGCACGACUGAGAACGGUACCUAUGGCUGCAUUUCAAGUUUGCUUACAAGUCUGGUUAACUUCAUCUCUACUCUCUGAUGGAUUGGCUGUAGCUGCACAGGCAAUCCUUGCUACUUCUUUUGCUGAGAAGGACUACCAAAAGGCCAAGGCUACCGGAGUUCGUGUCCUGCAGAUGGGAUAUGUGAUGGGACAUGGACUUGCUUUGAUUGUUGGACUUGGUUUAUUUUUUGGAUCAGGAGUUUUUUCACAGGACACAAAUGUCAUCCGCCUCAUAAUCGUUGCCAUCCCGCUAUUGAUCUUUCCCUUGUGUUCAAUCGGUAGUGUGGCUGGUACACAGCCAAUCAACUCAUUGGCAUUUGUUUUAGAUGGUGUCAACUUUGGAGCAAAUGAUUUUUCUUACUCUGCUUUUUCCAGGGUUUUGGUUGGUGCACUAACAAUAGGCUCUGAGUUGGGGCAUUUAAUUAUAGCAACGGCAUUACUUCGCCAAGUGUUUUCGGGUCCAUUGUUCGUAGUUACUGAAAGAUCUGUUAUUGUUAAGCAAGUUCUAAAAAGCCGUUGUGUAAGAGCUUCGAACUUUUGCAUCACCGUUGUAGUCCUAGUGUUUAAGAGUUGUUGA